AUGGCCACCGGUGCAGCAAGCGUUCCGUACUCCACAGACUUGGCUACAGAUCCCACAGAGAUUCAGAAGAACCUCGUCGAGAAGAACGCUGAGUAUGCGUCGUCAUUCGACAAGGGCCAUCUGGCGCUGCCUCCAGCGAAGAAAUACCUCGUCGUGACAUGCAUGGACGCUCGAAUCGACCCAGCCUCGGCCUUUGGCAUCACCCUCGGCGAUGCCCACGUCAUCCGCAACGCCGGCGGCAACGCCAGAGACGCCUUACGAAGCAUCUUAAUCUCGCAGCAUUUGCUGGGCACGAAGGAGAUCGUUCUGGUCAAACACACCGGCUGCGGCAUGCUCACCUUCACUAACACCGAUGCUCUGUCUGUCGUAGCGCAGAACGCUGGAGUAGGCGUUUUGCAGUCUACUUUUGAUUUCCAGCCUUUCCCGGACCUGGAGCAGGCUGUUAAGGAUGAUGUAGCGUGGUUGAAUGGCAAUGCGGCGUUGAUUGGGAAGACAAUUAGCUGGCUCUCAGAAGCUUCUGCUAUCCUGCACGACGACCACACUGAAGCCAUCGCCAUGCCUCUACAGAUUUCGGAUACCGUUGCAAAGAAUGCUGUCAUGGACGGCAUCGACCCCUUAGACCAUUCCGGUGUCAUCGAGUAG